AUGGAAAGACAACUGCCGGAUAAGUUGAUCCCCACUUCAUGCUCUGGGGGAUGCAUGCAACCUUAUAUAGCAUGCUAUGGUUGCGUAUAUCCCCAUGUUCGUUCCCCUGUAGGUGUCAAGCCCAGUGGAGCCCCCGCAGCCCAGGAUGGAACAGCCCCCAACCCCAGCUUCGGUAGUCUUUUCCCCACCAAGGGCCGAUUCGUCGCCAAAGUGGAUAACUCCCAUGCCGACGUCUUCGACUCGAGACGAGUUCCCCGCCCACCUACAUGGGGCUGCGCGGCUCAAGUUGCGAUUUUGGGAGCUCGCCAUCGAGGGGAACAAUUCAAAUAA